UGACGUGCCGGUGGCGCGGGCCGCUGGGAGCUGGCCGGGAUCCGCGCUCACCCCCCUCCCCCCAUUCCCACUACGGGUCGCGGCUGGGGGCGUCCCGGCGGCGGGGACGCGGCUCCCCCCUCCCCCUUUCUCGCCCCAACGCUUCGAUCCAAGAUGGCGGCGCUGAGCAGCGGCAGCAGCGCGGAGGGGGCCUCGCUCUUCAACGGGGACAUGGAGCCCGAGCCGCCGCCGCCGCCCGCACUCGGCGCCUGCUACGCGGGGGGCACCGGCGACCCGGCCAUCCCGGAGGAGGUGUGGAAUAUCAAACAGAUGAUUAAAUUAACACAAGAACACAUAGAGGCACUGCUAGACAAAUUUGGAGGAGAGCAUAACCCACCAUCGAUAUAUUUAGAGGCCUAUGAAGAGUACACCAGCAAACUCGAUGCUCUACAGCAGAGAGAACAGCAGUUACUGGAAUCCAUGGGGAAUGGAACAGAUUUCUCUGUGUCUAGCUCAGCUUCAACAGACACAGUAGCAUCAUCAUCCUCCUCUAGCCUCUCUGUAGCACCUUCAUCCCUUUCAGUUUAUCAGAACCCUGCAGAUAUGUCACGGAAUAACCCCAAGUCUCCACAGAAGCCUAUUGUUAGAGUCUUCCUGCCCAACAAGCAAAGGACUGUGGUUCCAGCAAGAUGUGGGGUAACAGUCCGAGACAGCCUAAAGAAAGCUCUGAUGAUGAGAGGUCUUAUUCCAGAAUGCUGUGCUGUUUACAGAAUACAAGAUGGGGAGAAGAAACCAAUUGGCUGGGACACUGACAUUUCCUGGCUCACAGGGGAGGAGUUGCACGUAGAAGUCUUGGAGAAUGUGCCACUCACAACGCACAAUUUUGUACGAAAAACUUUCUUCACGUUAGCAUUCUGCGACUUCUGUCGAAAGCUGCUUUUCCAGGGAUUCCGGUGCCAGACAUGUGGCUACAAAUUUCACCAGCGCUGUAGUACAGAAGUGCCACUGAUGUGUGUUAAUUAUGACCAGCUUGAUUUGCUGUUUGUCUCCAAAUUCUUUGAACAUCACCCCAUACCACAGGAGGAGGCCUCCUUAGGAGAGACCACCCCAGCAUCUGGAUCGUACCCCUCAGUGCCCCCCUCAGAUUCUGUUGGACCACCAAUUCUCCCUAGUCCUUCUCCUUCAAAAUCCAUUCCAAUCCCACAGCCCCUCCGACCAGCAGAUGAAGACCAUCGAAAUCAAUUUGGGCAACGCGACCGAUCCUCUUCAGCUCCCAAUGUUCACAUCAAUACAAUCGAGCCAGUCAAUAUUGAUGACUUGAUUAGAGACCAAGGUUUACGAGGAGAGGGAGGUUCAACUGCAGGUUUGUCUGCAACACCUCCUGCCUCUUUGCCUGGGUCACUCACCAAUGUGAAAGCAUUACAGAAGUCACCAGGACCCCAACGGGAAAGGAAAUCAUCCUCAUCCUCAGAAGACAGAAAUAGAAUGAAAACCCUUGGUCGACGAGAUUCAAGUGAUGACUGGGAGAUACCAGAUGGACAGAUCACAGUGGGACAAAGGAUAGGAUCUGGAUCAUUUGGAACAGUCUACAAAGGAAAGUGGCAUGGUGAUGUGGCAGUGAAAAUGUUGAAUGUUACAGCACCCACACCUCAACAGCUACAGGCUUUCAAAAAUGAAGUAGGAGUGCUCAGGAAAACACGACAUGUGAAUAUCCUACUUUUCAUGGGUUAUUCAACAAAGCCCCAGUUGGCAAUUGUUACACAAUGGUGUGAGGGGUCCAGUUUAUAUCACCAUCUACACAUCAUUGAGACCAAAUUUGAAAUGAUCAAGCUAAUUGAUAUUGCACGACAGACUGCACAAGGCAUGGAUUAUUUGCAUGCCAAGUCAAUCAUCCACAGAGACCUCAAGAGUAAUAAUAUUUUUCUUCAUGAAGACCUCACAGUAAAAAUAGGUGAUUUUGGUCUAGCUACAGUGAAAUCACGAUGGAGUGGAUCUCAUCAGUUUGAACAGUUGUCUGGAUCUAUUCUAUGGAUGGCACCAGAAGUUAUUAGGAUGCAAGAUAAAAAUCCAUAUAGCUUUCAGUCGGAUGUGUAUGCAUUUGGGAUUGUUCUUUAUGAAUUGAUGACUGGACAGUUACCAUACUCAAACAUCAACAACAGGGACCAGAUAAUUUUCAUGGUGGGACGAGGAUACCUAUCUCCAGACCUCAGCAAAGUACGGAGCAACUGUCCAAAAGCUAUGAAGAGACUAAUGGCAGAAUGCUUAAAAAAGAAAAGAGAUGAGAGACCCCUUUUUCCACAGAUUCUUGCCUCCAUUGAGCUUCUGGCCCGGUCAUUGCCAAAAAUUCACCGCAGUGCAUCUGAGCCCUCAUUAAACCGGGCUGGCUUCCAGACAGAGGAUUUUAGUCUAUAUGCUUGUGCUUCUCCAAAAACACCCAUUCAAGCAGGGGGAUACGGAGAAUUUGCAGCGUUCAAGUAGCCACAGCACCAUGGCAGCACCCACUCUGUUAUUUAAGUCUUGUGUUCCUACAGUUUCUUUACAUCAAAACUCUAUUCUGCUCCACAAAACCUAAAGUAAUUUAGAAAAGAUAUCUGUAAGCUUAAAAGCGGAGCAGAAUGGAACUGCCAGUCCAACACAAUGGGAAAAAAAGUACCUUUUUGGGAACCAGAAUCCUCUGCUGCCAGUGUUUCUCCUUCAACACAAACCACCACGUGCAUUCGGAGACCCGCAGUGGCUGCCUGUGCCCUUGGCAUCAUCCCCAGGAGAGAGGAGAGGGCCCUCGUGGUUUGACUCUGGUGCUCGGGCAUGAGGGGAUGGAGCUGCUGCUGCAACUUAGGAGACUUGCUUUGGAUGGUCUGCCAGUCAGCUUUCUCCCUCUAACAACGUACCAUCAGAGGCUGAAUAUCUGAUGAGUGCUAAUUUAAAAGAAUCCUCCUCCAUUCUGACCUUUUUUUUGUUUUUUUCCGGUGUACUCACUGAUUCAUGGACAAUGCAGUAUCCCCUUUUCACUGUAUCACAAUGUCAGACACCUAAAUCUGUCUAUAUUAUUGGGGUUUAUUCCAGUAAAAUUUAAAGUAUGGUGUGGUAGGAGCUGGAGAUGUUACUCUAAAGGCAAAGAGGUUAAUCUCGAGGAAAAGGGGAUGCUGCUGCACCUUUUUUCACAUUUACUUUAUCACUUCUUCAAAAAACGACAACCAACAACCGUAACCUUUUCCUUUUCCAGUAUUUUCUUGGUGUGUGCAUAUACAACAUCUUUUAGAAGGAUUAGUUAAAUCCUUCUUUUGUUGGUCCAGCAACAAACUGAAGUUUAAAAAAAAAAAUGUAGCGAGAAUGUCCUCUCUUUUUUUUCUUUUGUAUCAUAUGAUACAAUGUAUUUAUCAAAGAUGCUACCACAGCAUCUGAAGUCUGUAGAAUUUGUGAUACAGACUGUGAAUGGUGUAUGUACCUACUUUAAAAGUUUUAUUUUAAACGAGGGUGCAGGUUAGUGCCAGGUACCUUACCAAUAUGUAAUGUUUUCAUAAAUGGGAAAAAAAGUUCUCAGGUUGAAUUGAAUACAAAUACAAAACCCCCUAGAAUUAGACAUUCCGAAAAUUAUGUUUUGGUACUUUGAAGAGCUUUUUUUAAAGGAUUUUUAUCCUGUUAACUAAACGUCCUCUGAUAAGUGUGUGUGUAAAUGUGGAGCAUCUUGUCCUAAUGGCAAGUUGUUAGAUCAAAACAAAACGGUACUUGCUGGAUCCACGCUGACUACUUCUCCUCUCGUUGCUUUCUCUCCCUGUCAUCUCUUCCCCUUACUGUUUGUCUUUCCCUUUUGUACACUUUGCAAACUAGGAUGAAGGUGGCGGUAUCUCCAUUAGAGUGCUUUGUUUUCCUGUCCUCUAAUCCUGGUAUUCAAAUGGUUGGUAGCUUUUUUUGACAAGUUAACUAGUCAGGGAAAAAACAACUCAUAAAAUUCUGCACAUUGUUUACCUCUAGUAGAAUAUCUUGUGAUGUGAUCUGUUUGCAGAGUUCUCUGGUAUGUGGUAUUACGUGUAAAUUAUUUGUACAGAGGCAAGUCAGACCACAUUAGAAAGAAAUUUAAGCUCAGACAGAAGUUUUCAGAUUUUGAUUCUUUUCUGCCGUACCACUCCGGGUGAGGCAGGAGAACCAGCCCCCCUCUAGCAGGGAGGUUCUUGCUGGGGGAAAAUGGGGGAUGUUAACCAAAAUCAUGACAAAUAAAUGAAGGAGUUAAAUGUGUCUGAAUGUGGUGUCUUCGCUGAACACUGGGUGAGGACACUGUCCUUCCCUCUCUAGGAGAGCUGGACUGUUUCUGUCUGCAGAAGAUCACUCCCUGGUGAAGGGAGAAAUGCACACUGGUAGUGGAACAUGCUUAUAAAACCCUGGAGUUCUGCGGUGUUGCUGGUAGCCUGUUAUGUUUGUCAGUAAAUAUUUACUGGGGUUAUAGGGACCGGACUAAUCUGAAGUGGGAAUUAUAACUGAAAUACUGUGUAUUCAUAUUAAUUCCACAAACAUUAGCAAGACAGCAAUAGUGAAUGACUUAAUAGUCACUACAAGAAUGAAGUGAUUCAUGUUGGUACAUGAAUAAAAUUGAUUUUGUGUACAGGAUGCAUUUUAAAAACAAAACAAAAAAAACCAGAAAAAAAAGCACAAAUUUUUUCUUGUCUGCUGUGGGUCUUCAGAUGCUGUAAGGUGUUUUUUCCAUAUUGAAAUUGGCAGGAAUUUAUAUAGUAGCAAUAGCCACUUUACAGUGUGGAGAAGCUAAUGAGUGAGCAGUGGUGUGCAGACUGGUGAAAUCAGAGUUCUCCCUGAGUUCUCCCUGAGCCCAAUAGCUAAGAGGUGGAAGGAGCUGGGGUCAGCAGGCAGGUGAGAGCAUUUACAGACUCCCAAAGGGCCAAGUAGUUGCUGCUCAUUCUCCCUCCUUCCUCUGUAUGGGCUGUGGCCUAAUUUGUACUUGUCAGACAUACUGGAAAUUAAUGUUCUCUUGAAAAAAAUUGUUGUUGGAGCAAGAAUGUACCGGUGGUUCAACAGUCAUUUGUUUCACAGAGCUUGUUGAAAGCCCUUAGUUUCCUUCCAUAAGGUCAUGCUGGCAGAAGAUUGUCUGCUAAAAUAUAACUGUUAGGAAAUUCAUUCUAUCUUUGCUUAAAAUGAACUUAUUUUUGUGAAGUUUCAUUACCCACUAGUCUACAAUAUGCUUCUUGAGCCCAUAGGAAAAGCACAAGGAAAAUUGCUGUCCUUGUCCAUGCAAAGCACUUUAUAAGUAACACAUGAUCUUUGGGGGUUUUUUUAUUGGGGUUUGUUUGUGUGUAGUUUUGUUUUCCUGUUGUUUUUUUUUUUCUUUUUCCCUGAGGAAUGUGCAAGUUGUUUGGCUGCUGUUUAGAGAAGUCCUUUCUAGGAUGCAUUUCUACAGAUUUUCACAUUUGUUUGUUUCCUUCCAGAUAGCUGCAGUAAUGUGUGUUUUUUCUGUGAGAGAUCCUGUCUAAUACUCAUGCAAAGCUUUGGAAGAAGUUAGGUUUGUAAAUAACUGGGAUUUUUUUUUCCAAUCUUUUCCUUCAGGAGUUGUUUGGAUGUCUUGCAUGUCACCAGAAGCAGUCUUAAAGGUGCCCUGUAGAUGUUUAGUGAAUGGGGACAUAAGAGCAGACAAGAGCUGAGUGCCCUGUAUAGCAGUGGGAUGAAGGAAUUAAAACUGAGGUGACCAAUACAUUCAUGUCCACUACACUAAAUUUUUAAGCUUCCCUGUGGUGUCCCAACUGCAAGCACAAUCUGUAGUGUGGAGAGGUUAGUACAUACUUUGUAUGCAGUUGUUGGGCCAAACAUAGAAUCACAAAAUCAUUCUGGUUGGAAACAAACUUUUAAGAUCAUGAAGUCCAACCACUCAACAUCUGGACAGUCAUAUUUCUUUUAGCUCUGCAGUAACUAGUAUCUAAUCAUUAUUUACCAAACUACCAGUAUCCAGUCCCAGCUCUUCAUGUCUUUAUUAAUAACACAUAUACCUUCCCUGCUGCCUUCUUUUUUCUAUACAGUUAGAAGACACUUGUUAUCUGUCAUAUCCUCCUUGUCAGUACAGGUUUGUUUCCUGCACUGUGUUUGUUGGAACUGGAAUAUUGUAAUGGAGCUUAAACCAAACAGUAUAAGCACAGAGGCCUGGUUAUUUUGAAAGUGAUUUCUGCAUGGCCCCAGAUAAAAUUAGCCCAGUCAUUUCUUUUUUUGUUCAACUCAUGCAGGUCAUUAAAUGAAUUAUCUUCUGCUUUUUUAAUGCUUACCUAAAAUCAUCUUUUCUUGUACCCAAAUGCUCUAGUAGAUGAUGAUGCAGAAUGAGGCCAAGUACUGCCAUCUUACCAUGGCCUCUCAACAUCUCUUGGUUUAGUGGUGAUUAAAAUGCAUCCAGCAUUUUGCAAAACAUUUGAGUGAGCCAGAUCCUCAGAAACCUCACAGGCUUGUACCAGUUGAAGUUUUGAUAGUUGGAGGGGCUAAAUUUAGGGAAGCAUGUAGACAUUUCACAUUUUUUGCAGCCUAUAGAUUUCAUUCCCUUCUUGACUGUGAGUGCAGCAUGUGUAGCACAAAGUAUUCAUAGUACUGUAGACAAGAUGUCUUCUGUCUGUUGGAAAAAGUAUCACCAGUAGCACAAUGUGGCAGGCAAAGCUUCUGGGUACAGUCAAGUUCAGUUAAAAAACGAUUGCAUGAGUGAACUGUUGUUACACAGCAUCACUGUGAAGGUGCUGGGUGUUCUGGUUUUCUGUUACACAUUUUACACAAAAGUUUAUAAAAUUAACUUUUUGUUUAUUGCAGCCUUGUUAAUAUGCAUUUGCCCUUGCUAUUUGUUUUGGCAUGCAUUUUAAGUAUCCGUCUUCAUUGCUUCUUACCUAGUAAAUAAAAUAAUCAGAAGAGCAGAGCAAAGUUGUUAACACCUUUUCUUUGCAUUUAAGUUCAAGGAUGCUAACACAGAAGCUUCUAAGUCAGCACCAUGACAGCAGUAAGUAACUAUGAAACUGUGAAAGGAGGAAACUGCAGAAUAUAGAGUACACCAAGAGCAAAAUCAGGUGAAAAAUAGCUUCCCUCUUUUCUUCAGAAGAGAGCUACCAAGACCCUCUCUAGUAAAUGGUUUACAUAGGGAUUCCCCAAAACACUCUUUGCAGUUUGCCAAAUGAUCAUGUGCCUUUGCAACCUUACCAAGUACAACAGAAUGUAAACCAGGUGCUUUGUAACUAGAGCAGUGGCUUUGGUUUACUUCUGAUGCAGUAGUUUUGUAUAUAGCUAUUACUAUACAUAGGUAGCUGGGAGUUGGUAAGCUUCUGUAAAAGGAGGGCAGAGAGCAUUCCCCAAAAUACCUGUGAUGACAGUAAACCUGCUGCUUGAAAUCUGCUCUAUCGAAAGUUAAAUGAGAUUCAUUUAAUUUAAAAAUUAAUAAGCCCUCCUCCCCCUCCAAAGACAAUUUGUUAAAAGAAAGGUAAUGGAAAGGUCUGAAGAGGCCCAAAGUGACACUGUCAUAGCAUCUUGGAAUGAGACAGUAGGUGAGAAAUGAGAACUGGAUGAGAAAUUGAUGGCUAGUACUUGUGUAAUCAAAGCCCACAUAUAUCAGACCAUACAAUUAGUCCCCUGUCCCAGAAAGUGCAAUUAAUUUUAUUUUCUGGAAUAUCAGCAGAUCUCCUUAGUUCUUUCUCCAGCCUCUUGCAGUUUCUCAGCAAUGCAGUUCCUCUUUAGUGAUCACAUCCUGUCAUUGCACAUUAACUGUGGGAGAUGGUAGGUGUCUUGUCAGCUGAGGGUCAACCAGUAUGUUUGAAUUUGAUUUAUUCAAAUUUCAAGCUGGUUACGUAGACUUCUGGCAGUACCUACAUACCAGUGUCAUAUUUAAUCUACUUGUCCGUGAAGGACAAAAUAACAGGUUUUAGUAUUAGUGCUUUUUCAGGUCAUUUCCUUUUCUUCUUUGGGGCAAAACUUUGGUUAUAGUUGUAAAUCAUAAAGUUAUGUCUAAAUGCACAGUUCAUACAAAAUAUCAAAUCCCAUUUUAAUUUGGUUUUGUUCCUUUUAGAAAGCGAAGUGUAAAAAGCGAAGUGUUUUAUUCAUGUUCCAGGAAUUAUCUGGAAUCCUUCUACCUACUCCAAAUUCUGCACUAAAAGUACAUGUGAGAGGAUGGUAUUUUGUCCAGGUUUUGGUUUGGUUUGGGUUUUUUAUAACAAAAUCACAUAGCAAUUGUUUCACUUAAGAGAAGGGAGCUGUUGGAGUUGGUAAACUUCUGUAAAAGGAGGGCAGAGAGCAUUCCCCAAAAUACUUGUGAUUACAGUAAACCUGCUGCUUGAAAUCUGCUCUAUUGAAAGUUAAAUGAGUGUUGGAAACUUGUGGACUCCCUAGGUAUUUCCUUCCUUGCACCACAGCAGCAGUGUGUUCAGCUCAUCCAGCCUCCUUAAGAGCCCACAGUGGCCUGUCUGGUCAUUUUGUCUGGUUUGUCACAUUUGCAGCAGCUGUAUUUUAGAAUAAGUCUUGUGUGACAUUUACUUUUGAGUGAGUAAACCACAAAGAGCUGUUUUCUUUUUGUUUGGGUUUGAAAAAGGGUUUUGUUUUGAUAAAUGUCAUUUUCUGUUGCAUCUGUGUGUUCACCCUAGUUGUAAAGAAAGCCUGUCUGUGUGUUUGGGAGUUGAGUGGAAGUUGAGAAGAAAUGAAGCCCAUCACCUGGGCAGGGAUAAUGGAUCUAGGGGGCAAAAUGGACCAAACUUGGGUGUUGGGUUAUUGAGAGAUGGGGGGGGGGGGUGGUUCUGAGGGCAUAAUUUAAAUUAACUCUGUCUAAAAUAAAAUGUAAGUGCAAUAAAUGUGCUUUUUUUAUUCAAAGCUGUGAACCUUUAGAGAAAAAAUCAACAAAGGAAAAAAAAAAA